AUGGAAUAUUCGCUGGUGGGGUUUCUGACCCCGUUCAAAAUCGCUCUGGCGGGGCUCAUCAUGAUAUAUCUUGAUGGAGACAUUGCCACAGACCGCAUGUCUCUCAUGCUCAAGCUACUUCCCUACGUGCAGGGCAACCAUCUCGAUCUGACUCUGGAUCAGCUACUGGAGCUUACCGGCGACACAAGGACGAUUUCGACAGGUGAAACGGUCCAGAAGGUGCUUCUGCGUCGGUUACAGGCCAUAAAGUCGCUGGACGCUCUUGCCAUGUACAUUCUGUAUCUGGAUCGGUAUCUGGAUGAACCCAACGAAGCUCAUCCUGAUAUUGAAGAUGUACACGACCACCGUGCCCAGAUUCCGCGUCUAAUCAAACGUGACUCGUUCUUCUUUUCGUUUUUCCGAAAAUGCUUUCUCUCGUUCGAUUGCAUGGAGUUUGACGAAAUCAGUCGCGAAUUUGAAGCUCUACAAACAUGGCUGUCACGAUCACGUCAGUUCCAAAAACUCGAACAGCCGCCCAACUACGACGAUUCGAUACUGGACGAGUCCGCCGUUGAGCUGGACGACGCCAGCGCCUUCUCCAGCUAUAUUCACGACUUUGUGGAAAAGUCCCACAACAAUCCCAACUUGAUGGCGUACUCGGACGUGGAUCAGGUGGUCCAGCAGCAUACCAAGGACAUCCGGGAGAAGAAGAAACAUCUGGACCCACAGAUCGCGUCUCUGGCAACCAGCAUCGAGGGCCAAGUGCCCCCUUCAUUGCAUCAUAUGGAAUAUGUGAUCAGACACGAGGCACGUGACUCAAAGGCCCUCGACUACCUACAUCAGUACUUUGACUACACUAUGCAUUCCGACAACCGCAGCAUGUUCCACUAUGCGCUCUUCAGUCUAGCUACUUUCCAUGCUGACUUUGACUGCAAUCUUGAAGCCUGCAGAGCUGCAGAGGAGGCUAUCAACAUGGCCAGAGAAUCUAACGACCAUGCCGGACUCGCGUACAUUCUCUCGUGGUUGUACUCCUUUCUGGAGAACCGUCCCAGAGACAAGAAACUGACCCAGGCAUUCCAAGAUGAGCAGUUUGGCACACAGGAGCAGCUUCUCAACUUUAUCAAGCGAAGAUGCUCCUCGAACCCCACUCUGUACGUGCUGGGUCAGUUUUCCGAGACAAAACACAUUAUGGCCACGUCUGGGUCGCUGUCUCAGGCCCUGGAGUCUCUGUUCAGAGGCACUUUUGUGCAACUUCAUCACGAUCCCCAGACAAUCAGCGUGGAUCAAUGUUUGUUGCAGUCCGUCAUCUACUCGCGAAUGGGAAUCGGAGCACUGGCCAUGGUGCCCCUAGAUAUGGCCCUCGAGUCGGAUACAGAUGUACCCCUGACUACAGUGCGAGAUCUUAAGGCGUCUGUUCUUCUGGAUCGGGGCCGGGUAUUCGAAGCCACAGAGCUUUCUUCCGACCCGAUCAUUCAGCUGCGAGUUGCCAUGCACCACGAAGACAGUGAUCAGGUGGAGCGUCUAUUAGCUCGAUUCGAGUCCAAUCUUGUCUACCCUCAACUCGAGUACCGCUACUUGGAGUUAAGCUGGGCACGGACCCAAAAGGGGUUCUCUUCUGCUCUUCUUGAUUCUAUUCAGGAGCAGAUUGAGUGGAUUGAAAGCAGGGGGCUUGAUGUGUACUGGAAGCUGCGGUUUGUCUUACUCUAUACUGAGUGUCUGAUUGACCAACAGCCUCAUUCCAGUCGAGCUCUAUCGCUCACAUUUAAGUGUGUGCAGCAGACUGAGGCGUCUGGAAUCACCGUCCUACUUUUGGAAGCCAUCCAGCUGCUGGCCAAGGUGCUGGUGGGGUCAGGGAACUAUACCGACGCCAUUUCAGUUCUUGACGCGUCCAUGCCCAAGUGCUGCGAGACAGAGAAUGCAGAACUCAUUGGCAGGGGAUAUUCUCUGCUUGCAGAUGCUGCUAUCGGGUACUACCGAGUGUCUGAGAUUAGCGAUCUGCUCAAUUCUGCAAACAGGUACUUGCAUUCGGCUCUGCAAUGGUACAGUAAGGUGGAGAAGAAACGGGAGUCACGGGAUCUGUCGGCUAAGCUGUACCAUCUGGCGAAGUUGAGGAAGGUCGAUGAUGCUACCCUGCAUGCUUAUGAGAAGAGGGCGUUGAGAGAGAGGGAUAGGGAGUGGGAGUAG